AGUCAAAGAACACAUGUAAGCGACAUAAGUCUUCCAGUCCACGAAACCAUCAGUGACGGAGUUGAGGGGUUGUGUGAGGCGCAGAGACGAAGUAGGCGCGGCGAGGGAACCGUUCGAAGUUCCGAUGCCAAAGCCCAAGGGAUCAAUGGAAACUGAACGUUGGCGUUGAGAUAGGGCCGAUGGUCCAAGAGGCGAUGGGAUCGGUCAUUCCGUGAAGUAAGCGCUCCAAUGGGGCUCAACGGAUGUCCUAUCCGCACCCAAGCCGCCUAUGUGCAAUAUCUAAAAUUGAAGUGGAUGAUUGGUACGAUCUUUCCAUUUUAAGUACACUCGCCUCGCAGACGUACACUGCUAAAUUUUGGCCGUUCACAACUCAGCGAUUGGUCACUCAGAUUUGGUGCCAAGAGGUCAGAAAUAGAGGAGCGCAUACAACUCAAUGCAUCGGUUGAUCCUCCCCGGAUCUCACGUGUCGGACGAGUAAGCAAAUGUAAU